AUGAAGCCUGCCAGGGCUACGGCCGUGGAGCAGGCAUUGAAGAAAGAUGCUCCGGCAUUGGAGAGAUGGACGGAGAUCGAAACUAUCCUGCAGGAGAGCAGGAAGUGCUACAGGCAGGUGCUGCGGCCGGGUCAAGUCCUGGUGCACCCGUCGAAUCGCUCAGGGUUAGGAUUGAAUGGAGCCCAAGUUCACAAGACAGGGGCCCAAGUGCAAUCUGUAGGCUUCAGCUCCAUGGAGCUGAAGCGAAGUGUUUGCAUGGAAAUAUCCACGGAUAGAGCUCUGAGCCAAAAGGCCUUUAGUUUCAACAAGCGGCAAGUGGAUAUGAAUGGAGGGCUGCUAGCUGAGGUGCGAGGCGAUGAGCGAUACAUGUCGUUAGCAUGCAGUCACUUUACGGCAUUUUGCCGUGCCUGCAUUGCAGCAUGUCCCUCGGACCAAGAGACGGUGUCGGACAACGGCAAGCUCACGUUGCAGCGAUUGUCUACGGACUUUCGGCAGGCCGUGGAUAAUGGAUGGGAGUGGCUGGUGCUGUCAGCGGAAGUUGAUGCAGUACUGCCCUCGCUGGCCUCCUUCGUUCAGGAAGUCAUGAAUGCAGCCCAAGGAGUUGCAAGAACGGCAGGCGAGCUGGAGCUCGCCAUGGCGAUGGUGACCCGAGCAAAGUUGCUGGCAGAGCAAGGUUUGUGCAUCGACUGGGAUGUUGUGCAAGCUGAUGUAGCAGCCACGGUGCCGGAUGCCUCGCCACAGACCGUGGCCGCUUGCGGGUUGUUCUGCAGAUUCUAUGCAGGAGGAACCGAAGCACCUCUGCUGAAGUUUUUGCACGACUUUUCCUUGAAAUAUGGGGCAAGCAAAAGAUUGGGAGAGGAAUUCAUGUCCACGGUCGCCGGCCUCCGGUUUGCAGGGCAGGAGCGAUCGCAUGCUUUCGCAAGGGCUGCGAUGAUCGCGACGAACCUGACAGCCACAAAAGUGGUAGACGGUGUGGCUCGGCUGCUGAGCAAGAGCGAUGUCAGCAGGCUCUGUGCGAAAGGCAUGGAAGAUGCUGUAAAGGAUUGGGAGGAGCUUCUUGCUCGUGCCUGGGCUCACACUCAGAAUGUGACGGAUGCAAGUGCACGUGCCAAGGCAGUUGAGUGCUUCGGUCGCCUGAUGGUUCGCAGCACCCUCUUCAUGUGCAAGAAAGAGAAGUCGGGGCAAGAAGGCCUUGAGCACGGGUCAUUGGCCAAUUUGCUGACUUUGUACGAACACGAGAUGGGUGGCAAGAGUGCCGGUGCAACACCGGCUGCUGCUACAAAAGAUGGGCCGUCUGAUGCGGCCCCUGCGACCUUGGAGAACAUGCAGGACCCGGCCUUCCUGAUGAAGCUGCAAGGCUUCGCAGAGGGGAACCUGUACAAAGGCAAGCAGAAGUAUCAGGACAUCUGGCCUUGGAAGCUGGAGAAAAUCGGCCAGAGCCACGGCUCUUUCUCGCUGUCUUGCCCAGUGAGCUGGGACAAGAAGGUCGAGGUGCCUCUGAGCGAGCUCAAGAAAUUUUUCGAUCUGUAUAGCGGAGAUGCACCCGAAGUGGUGUCUGACUCUGUGGACCGACUGCCCCAUAAUACGGAGGCUUGCAGCCAAGAGAGACUCCGAGGAGAGUUCUUCGAGCUCUGCUGCGAGUAUUUCCUGAAGUACUCGCACUGUGAAGAGGAGUUGACCUUUUUGAAGAAUCCCACGUGCUGUCUGUUGGAGGGCAAAGCCAAGACAGGCAAGCUGACGAUCUUCCCCUUCACGGAUCAGAUUUCAAAGGUUGGCUUAAAGCCGGCAGCUGGCAGUGUGGAGGUUUGGCAUUCGGCCUCGGGCACAAGCUUGUAUAUUUCACCCCCGGCUGCAGCCGGAAGUUUGCUAUCUGCCUUCUGGCAGAUCCCGGUCGGCUCAGAGCCGAAUCUGGCGACAGUCCUUCUGAACGAGAAGGGCUGGAAGAUUCCCAUUUUGAAGAACACUGCUUCGCUGAAGGAGUGCAUCCUGUACAGGCCGAAGCCUGCCGAAAGUUUGAGGGCCUCGGCCCAAGAGCUGGAUCAAGGAUCCGCUGCCUCGCGAAAGCGAAAGGCUAAUAUAGGUACAAUGCCGCUGGUAAUCGAAAGAGUAUAUGUCCUGAAGCUGGAUGGUGCCAGCUGGACUGUGGGUGACAAGGAGCUAGAACCAACGGACCAUGGUCCGUUUGUGGUACUUCGUCCAUGGAGCCCGGGCUUGUGCAAGCUGCUUUCUAAGCAGCAUAGCAUAAAACUGCCAAAAUACCCGGCAAAGUCAUCGUUGUCCCAGAGCGAUGUUUAUCUAUCGCUCGUGGGCUCCCGAAACGAUGCCUCCAAGGAGCAGCAGUCCAAGCGGCAGGCAGAGAAACUGAAAGAACAGAGCUCUGGCCUUUUCGGCGGGGAAGACAGCGAGGCUGCUCUAGUGUCUGUAACAGGCAGCUCUCCGAGAAAAGCAGCGAAGACUCGCUUGUCCCGCCGUGCUUCCAGGGAAGCAAGAGCAGAAAAGAAUGUGCUGAAGGUUACCUGGAUGGGAAAGGAGAUCCGUGUCCUGGAGGCGGGCCAUGUCACGGAUGUGCCCAAAGUCCACUUGGAUGAUAUGGCAUUGUUCUUUGAAGCAACACAAAAUGCCGUGCUUACUGCUGAGUCUUUUCAGACUAGAGCACGGCAAAGCUUUCCUAAGGGAACUGCUGCGAAGGACAAAGUCGUGAAAAUCGGCCAAGGCCGCCAGGCUCAACGGACAGGCGACGACAGAAGGUAUUCGCUUGUCAAAAAAGCCGGGGCCAAGGCCCGGCCCUUGGAUCCCCUGCCGCUGCAGGAGGCUGAGGUUGUGAAGUUUGUGCCGGUGUUUGCAGCUGUUUGGGCUCCUGUAGGGAGCCCUUGGAUGGGGGCUGGCCUUUUUUACGAGGCGAAGUCGUCGGCCAUGCCCAAGCACCGGGACCAGGAUAGAAGGAGGAGGAGCUCGAGCUCAGAGGAUAGAGAAGAACGACGAGAUCCUCGACUACGGUCGAGAUCUCACGAAGAGUCCGAGGACCAAAAGAAAAAGGAGGAGGAUGGCAACAAAAAGCCAGAGGAGAACGAGAACAAGAAAGAGGAGGAGGAGAACUUUGAGGAGGAAACUGUGGCCUCCGAGGAGGCAACUGAGUCCGAGGACAAAGAAAAGGAUCCGGAGGAGGAGCCGGAGGAGGCUACGGCCUCGAAGCCAAAGGAGGCGGCCUCGGAGGCUGCGGCCUCGAAGCCCAGAGUCCCUUCUCUGGAUGAGAAGACCGCUCCUGAUUGGCCGAUAAGUGCCGCCGGCAGGACGGCCCUUCUCAGCUUCGGUAUGGGCCUUGGCCCCCGAGGGGCCGGAGCCGCCUCUCACAUCACCAUAGCCAUAUCCCUGGCCCUUGUCGCCAUAUCCAUGGCCCUUGUUGCCGGAAUCCCGCCGCAGCUCCCACUUUGGGACUUCGGAUUCCUCUUCGCUCUCCUCUUCCCUCCCGGGCUGCCAGUGCUCCUGGAACCGGCGCUUUGCCCGGCCUGCAGCAGCCUCCUUGCUGAGCCCUUGGGCUAUGUAUUUCCAAGUUCGGUGAAACACCGACAAUCGGUGCUGGCGACGGGCGGCCGCAUGCUCCUGUAUCCACCUCCAGCAAAUGGGGCACUUUUUGGACUGGAGAGCUGCCUGGGAUGCCGCCUAGCUCGGCAGCCGCCUGCCGUCUUCCCCAAAAAACCAGAGUGCCGGCUGCCGUCUGGUGAAAAAAAGAGAUGCGAGAAGCCUCCACGGAGGCGUGUGGAAGCCUCCACGGAGGCGUGUGGGCACAGGGAGAAGAAGGAACUCUCCACGGAGAUGUUCCGGCAUUUGCUGUUGGUGCGGAAAUUGCCCCAUCUCACAGCCUCGGCUUUGUCCGAAGUUUGCAAAGUUCUGCGGGACGAGGGUGUCCCGGAACUCACACAAAGAAAACAUAUAGCCGAGGCUGCCUGGCAACCCCUGAAAGAGAAUAGGAUCCUCAAUCGUCUGUCACUUUUGCAGACAGAUGGUGCAGAGCUGCAGAUACCCAGUGUCGAUUUUUGGGCUCUGCUGCAAGCUGCUAUCUCGGAUGCCGACAGCAACUUCGCCCAAUAUUUUUGGGCGUGCAUCGACAAGAAUCCUCCGAGCCCCAGCUCGGCAUGGCGGCUGAUCCUCUAUACGGACGAGAUCGUGCCGGGUAAUCCUUUGGCAGUCCAGACGAAGAGAAAAAUCUGGGCUUGCUAUGCCUCGUUCGUAGAACUUGGAAGCUAUGCAUUGCAGCACGAGGAGUCGUGGCUAUGCAUAGGACUGCUCCGAUCCAGCCUGAUGGCCAAGGCCGAAGCAGGUGUCUCUCAAUGGAUCUCGAAAAUCCUGCGAGACAUAUUCAUGCGGCCGGCCAACCAUUUGGAGCACGGGUGCAUAUCGUUGCAGCGACCAGGAGGUCCGCCCGUCCUCUUCCGGGAGGUUUUGUCAAUGAUCGUUCAAGACGGUGGUGCCCAUAAAGCUCUAUGGAGCUGCAAGGGGGAUGCUGGCACCCGCAUGUGCAUGCUGUGCAGGAAUGUAAUAGCACAACGAUGUGAUAUCCUGCACAGCAGCGGGCUCCCCGUGGUCGGUUCCUCUGAGAUCCGAGAAAGUAAGCUUUCGCUUGCGACCGACCAAUCCAUCCACGAGGCCAUGGCUAAACUGGCAGAGAAGAAGAUGCUUCUGAAUGCUGCAGAUUUCAGCACGUGGCAGCAAGCCACCGGCUGGACUUAUAAUAGUUGUUCCCUGCUGCAACAAGAGGAUCAACGAUGGCUGGUCCGGCCGGUCUCACAGUAUUGCCACGACAGCAUGCACACCCUGCUGGUCUCCGGUGUCUUCCAGACAGUGACCUGGCUUGUUUUGGAAGCUUUGCAGAAGCAGUUUCCCAAUCUCUGGGAAAUCGCCGACGAGUACGUGGCCAAGUGGACCCUGCCCCGGAACAUCUCGGCCAAGGCCGAAGGGAUGCUGGGUCAGUCCCGAGCAAAAGCAUGCAAGGAAGCCGAGACCUUUAAAUGCACGGCCUCCGAAGGCUUGACACUGUCUCCAAUAUUGGCUUGUUUCUUCAGGCAGCUCGCCAGGGCAAAUGCAAAUGUUGAGGCAGUGCAAGCGAUCCAAUGUUUCUUGCAGCUGGACAAACUCGUGGCAUGCUGCCAGAGAGCUCGCAUCGACCGCAUGCAUUCCAAGUUCCAUUGGCUUCUCCACUUCGGUUCGCACCUGGAAAAGUGGGGUUUCAUGGUUCAGUGCUACACUCACGAAAGAAAGCAUCGCACUAUCAAGAGAUUCGCCGAGGACAUCAAGAAGACUUCUGCUUACGAGCAGGGUCUUCUCCGAGAAGUUCUUGGACAAGAACUAUAUUGCUUGGCAAGAGCUGAUUGUUUCGCAGCGAUGCUGCAGUUGCAGGACCCGAAGCCAGCUUCUCGGAGGAAGGCGGCAGCACUUCGCAAAAUCAUUCCGGAGCUGACCUCGGCACAAGUGAUUCAUGUGGCAGAAAAAGUCAGGCUGCCCUCCGGGGAACGGAUAUGUCGUGGCGAUGCGGUGCUGCUUGAAGGGAACGGUUGCUUGGAGUGUGCCCUUGUCUGGGCAUUCGUGGAACUGGCAGGGCAAGCCUACAGUGUUGUGCAUUCCAUUUCUUCUCUGCUUUGCGAUGACCUCGUGGGGGCUUCGGUCGAUGCUUUGAUGAACAGCUGGUGCACCCGGCUGGAGAGCCUUGGCUCUCUGUCGUUAGGGCAAGCCAUGCAGAUGAAGCAGACGAUCCAGGAUCUGAGCUUCGAGAGCACCCUGUCAGAACGGUUGCUUGAAAAAGUUGAAGCCAAAGUUCUGGCAACGGCCACGGCUGCAACACCGCCGCCAGAUACUACAUAUACGCCUCACAAGCGAAAGGAGGAAAGCAAGCCGCAGACCUUGCUGAAGCCGGAAAACUUCAUCACGGUCACUGAGUGGUCUAUGCUGGAAAAGUCGCCAGCACCGGCAAGGCUGGAAAUCCUUCUGAAAAGGUAUCUGCAGCUGGGCCUGAGGAACCUCACAGAACAGACGGUCAAGAAAGGCCUGGCCUUCCUCUUGGCACUGGCAGCCGGCGAGCUCAGUCAGAUGCCGACAUAUGAAGAGAUCUACGAAGAGGUCCAGGUCUUCAAGAGCUCUGUUCGACCGAGCCUAGCUCACAUUCCGAUGCGAUCUACUUCCAAGCUCUUGCAGAAGAACAAGAAGCAGAGGCUGCCGAGGCCAGAUGGCCAGGCCGCCGUGUCUGAGCAGCAUGCGCACGAGUUCCAGAGCCGCAUGGAGCAGUGCUUCGGGCGACUGGAAAGAAUGCUGGACCAGGGCUGCGGUCAGAAUGCCAUCCAGGAUGGUGGGCGAAGGGAGCUGCAGCUUGCUGCAGGCGCAAGCGAGCUGAGCAGCAGCAGUGCCGGGGUCGGCUUUGCUCUGGGCAACCCAGCCCAGCCGGUUUCGGCUGCGACACAGCAGACCUCGCCAGGGCGACAGUCGGCCUUGCAGCUAGCCCUGCCUCCAGCCGAAGAACCCGAAGCAACGGAGUCGCUCCCUGCCGAGAACGAUCUCGAGGACGAAGCUUUGUUCAAGAAGCUCAAAGAUCGCAAAGCUGGGAUUCUGAAGAAGCCGGCCGCUGCAGCUGCAGCGAGUGGCCAAGGAAACUUGGCAAAGAACAAGACAAAAACGAAUGGCCAAGGCCAAGAUCCAAAGAAGAAGGGCAGCGGCAAAGGCAAAGGAAAGUCCAAGGACAAGAGUGCUUCGAAGAAAGGCCAAGGCAAAGCAAAGGAGCAGCAAGCCCAAGGCUCGCAUGGAAAGCGGAAGUUCCAAAUUGUCUGGGAGGACGGCUGCAUCCAGAAGAACUAUGCUUCUCGCAUGUACAAGCGAGCCGGAACGUGGGCAAAGCAGCAAGGCUUCUCGGAGCAGCAAGUGGUAGAGUGCCAGCGAGAGGCCCACAGAGAGGCCAUUCUGCUGUGGAAGAAGAAGAACGGCUGCUAA